AUGAAAAUUGCUUUCUGUGUACUCCUCUCCACGAUAUGUUUUACGACUUGCAGUGGAGAUUCUCCACUUGAUCAGGAGAGUAUUUUCGAUCGGUGAGUAGAGCGGCCUUUCGUAUCAUUCGCCGAGGGAUUUCUGCUUAUUAUGGUCAUGUAAUAACUUAUCUGUUCAUGCAAUUACCAAGCUUACAAGCACUAUGGGAAUUUACACACAAAAUCGAGUAGAACAAGAUUCCUAAAUCCCUUUAGGACAUCCAAUUUUCACAUAAAUGUCUUGGGAAUUUUUGGAAUUUCAUAUUUACUACAACAUUUCUUCAAAAGAGGCUUCCGACAUUGUAAAACUAGGAGUAUAAGCGCUCAUAAGAUGCGGUUUUUCACGGAAAACAAAACCUGCCUUCCUAAUUAGUCGGCUUUCUAGUAAUCGUCACAAAAUUUUCAGCCCCGCGGCCCAGAGACCAGCCGAAUAUGAAAUCAUUCCGAAAUCAGUAAAAGACGAUGAUUUGCAACGAUCUGAAGUCAGCAACAACGCUGCUCUCGGAGGUUGCGCAGGACAUUGCAGCAGGCACUUUAUGGAAACCUUAAACGGAGUCCUUGAAGGCUCCACCGUCAAGCUUUUCAAAAACUUUAACGACACAUGCAAGUAGGUCAUGAAUGUUGCGCUCGUUUGACGGAUCGGACUUUAAGACGCUUUGAUGAAGCAAAAAAAUGCAUGCAAAAGAAAUAUUACUGUCAGGUCACCAGUUUCUUUGAUUCCAUCAGCAGCGGACUACAGUAUCUCUGCGAAUAUCAGAGAAAAGGUGAGUUGAAAAAGGACAGCUGGAUGCAACGUUCAAGUUUCUCUUGUCUGAAAAUCUUGAAAAGUUAAAUUUUGAUGGAGACGUUACCCUCAACGGUCGAAAAGGCAUGAAACUUUAGAUGCUAAAAUUUGCAAAAAAGUGUCAUAUUUUUUGUAAGUUUUGACCUAAAAAUCCCGAUCUUUUCUGCAAGGCGCGAACUACAUAUUAAUCUAGAAUGUCAUAAGAAAAUUGUGCUAAAAUUUUGCCUAGUUUCAUCAAAAUAGUACACCUCCUAUAAAUUCAAAAAAUAUGGUCAAGAAUUACUUUCCUCUGUGCACUCUCCUUAUUUCCUGUACCCUCUCUUAUGAAAAAAUGAUUUUCGAAUCAUUGGCACUAUGACAGAAAUCAGCAGUAUAGUCACUAUUACAAUACAAAAAAGAGAUCAUAGUUCCCUUCGUUUUGCUACGUCACUCGUAUGAGUGCUUGCACUUUUAGCAGCUUACAGCCACUUAUAUAAAUCACAUAUAUAAAUAACUGAGACGGUAAGUUCAUAAAAAAAACUCCAAGUAGGCAGCGGCACGAUGCCAAUUUGGCAAAUUGCGGUAAGAUCUCUUUCCUAAAUAAAAUACGAAUGCGAACCGCAGGGCAAUGGACCACCAUGUAAAACAUGAUACAUAUUGAAAGCGAAAAAAAUUUGUUUUUGCCGUGACUUAAAGAUCGUAAAAUUUUUUUAACACGCAAGUUUUUUUUGAAAAUGCGAUAAUUUUUUUAGAAAAAAUUACUUUAAUGUAUAAAAUCAGAUAGGGAGCUUACGGUAAGGUGGGAUUACAAACCAAAAGAUCACUGAUUCCGAGAGGUGUUUUUAGUUAAUGACUACAGUUAAUUUCAGCCGAUUUUCGCAAACACUUAAGACGAUUUAUGCUUGUAUCGACGAGCGGAAGCGUUGAUGAAUUUGUUAGCAUGCAAAAAAAGUGUCCAUUUGGCAAUGCGUCGUCUUCUCGGAGAGUUCGAUACAAUUCGCAAGAGAAAAUCGCAGGGGUGGUGUUAUUUCAUAUACACUAAGAAUACAAAAAUUUGUAGCCAACCCUUUGAAAUGUGCUUAUCAUUUUUGCAAAUCCAAGAUUGCAUAUGUUAUUAUGGAACUUGUUCAGGUGUGGCACUAUGAUUUUGUUUAAAGCACCCAAGUCGAGAGUAGUCUGCUAGCAGACAUGGGGAUGGCCUUUUUGCUCCUGAGGCCACGAGCCCGGCCCAAUGAAAUCGGUCCGGCCCGGCCCGUUUUCAAAAUUUUCGAUGCCCAGCCGGCGGGCGCACACUUGCGGGCAACCACUUUGCGGGCAACCAGUUUGCGGGCAAAUUUUUUGCGGGCAGCCACUUUGCGGGCAGCCGACAUUUGCGGCCAGCACCGGCAUUUGCGGGCAGCCUGGGACAUUUGCGGGCAGGGUCGACAGUUGCGGGCAGCCUGGAAGAUUUGCGGGCAGCCGACAUUUGCGGGCAACCGACACCUGAUUGUGAGGGUAACAGGGUGGACGUGGAAAAAUUACUAUGAUAUUUUGGAAAUUUGCCGACAUUUGCGGGCAACCGGCACUUGAGGAUAACAAGGUGGAGGUGGAAAAAUUACUUCGAUAUUUUGGAAGUUUUCCGACAUUUGCGGGCAGGCAAUACUUGCGGGAAACCGACAUUUGCGGGCAACAGUUCCAAAAGUUCCUAUACAGUCUGUGUGAUUGUUUUUUCCUGUUGCCCGCAAAUGUCGGCUGCCCGCAAGUGUCGGCUGCCCGCAAAUGUCGGCAAAUUUCCAAAAUAUCGCAGUAAUAUUUCCACCUCCACCCCGUUACCCUCAGGUGCUGGUUGCCCGCAAAUGUCGGCUGCCCGCAAGUGUCGGUUGCCCGCAAAUGUCCUAGGCUGCCCGCAAAUGUCUCAGCUGCCCGCAAAUGUUUCAGCUGCCCGCAAAUGUGACCCCCCAAAUUUUGCCCGCAAAGUGGUUGCCCGCAAAAAAUUUGCCCGCAAACUGGUUGCCCGCAAAGUGGUUGCCCGCAAGUGUCGCGACGCCGCCCAGCCCGUCCCUAACAACUUAACAUUUAAGAAGCCCGCCCGGCCCGGUACUUUGGCGUCUUUUUUUUGAAGUCAUCCUUUACAAACAAAAGACUGUGCAUGUAUUAUUAUCAAGCUACUGAACUAAGCAUCAAUCAUAAACCUAAUAUGAUUUGAGAUCAGCGGCGUAGAAGACAAAAUGCCUAUUUAUUUUUUUUACUUUUAAAAAACGAAAAUUUUCUGUUUUCAGCGAUGGAUGCGCUUCUUCCAUGCGUCCAGGAGAACUUUGAAACUGUCAGAGAAGGUAUUUUCCGCCCUUACAGAUUUAUACCUCUGCAUACAUUUAGCCUGUGACUACUCAUGUCAACCGCAUGCCCUGGCCACCGGGUUGACCGUCAAGCAUUUCUUGGAAAAGGAUUUCAGCUUUUUCAAACUUUUCGAUAAGCAUAUGACAACUCUCAGCACCAAUGAAGCCUGCCGCGUCGGGAAAUGUCUUUUGAAGUGCUACCGCACCAAGCUGAAUAUCAGAUGCCAAGGGAUGGCCGGCUCUUUACUGACGGUAAGUGAAUGUCGCGACUCGUAGGCUACAUACCCCAGAUGAAGACCUUGGCAUGAACGCUGUUACAUCAGGGUUUGUUGAGCUGAUAAAAACUCUUAAUCGGCUUGGAGAUGAGUGCGGGCCGGCACUCAUCUUGAAGCCGAUUUCAGACCGCUCUAAGAGGUCAUUUAGGUGGGAUUUUUGAUGAUUCAAUGGCUGAGUACGAAUGAACAAAAUUUUAAAAGAACAACAAAAGAUGCGAUGAUUAGGGAUAAAGUCUUUGAAAUGUGGCUCUCAAAAUUUCUUUUAAUUUUGAGCUGAAAGCUUUUCAUGAAAAAACUCGAAAAAAUUUCACAUUUUCGCCAACUUUCAGACUAAAAAUCCCGGUUAUUUCUGCACCUAGAGAUCAUGUAUGUCUUUAAAAAAACUAGUCUGAAUUCGGACCAAGUUUUCUUCGAACCGGGAAUGCUGUUUGAUCACUUCCAUUGUAAAACAAGAACCCCGGAUACGUAAAUUUACAUAUUUCUUGUUUUCGAACGCGUGAACCACAAAAUUCCAAAGUUGCGGACCUCCUAGAAGACGUCAGCUUCAAUUUUAGGAGGGAAUUGUUCGUCCAUUCGCUGACAUCCAACGCCAAGGCACGGCGUUUAGCGGCAUGUUCCAGAUGAUUAUGCCACGACAAUGCACCUUCUUGAGCAACGAAAACGAACUCAAUGAAUUUAAAAUUGAUCCUCAACUCGAUGGACAUAUCAAGGCGUUGUACGAUGGGGUAAGGGUAUACGUAGCACUUGCAUAAAGGGCAUACGUAAUGCAAAUUUGAAUAUAACCUUUGAAACGUUGGUGUUUUAGCUGUCUCAUCCUCAAGACGUCGCUAUUCCGGAUAUUGAAGGAUACUCCGCAACUGAGAAAUCGCCUCUUGAUUACAACAGCUAA